AUGUUUAAUAUAAGGGCAUGGGCUGAAUAUGUUGUGGAAUGGUCUGCAAAGGACCCAUAUGUUUUCCUUAUGACAGUGAUUUUGACCCUUACUCCAUUGUACUUAGCAAGUGCUGUAUUGUCCUGGAAAUUGACAAAGAUGACUGUGGCCAGAGAAAAAGAGCAGAAGGAGAAGCAAAAACAUCAAGAAAAUAUUGCAAAAGCCAAACUAGUGAAAAAGGAUUGA